AUGGGCUGCCAGUCGGCCAAAGUCGUGCCUUCCACCGAGUUGAAGCCCGUUGUGCCGGGCCCAGGCACAUCAGAUGCCGAUGCCGCGCCGCACGCGUCUCAGCCUUCGGCCGAGCCCUCGGAGCCCUCGGCCAAGCCCUUGACGGAGCCCCCGGCGGAGCCCUCGUCUUCGCCUGCAGUGCCCUCGCAUCCGGUGCCCCGCUGGGCUUUGGAGCUGGGAUUCGACGAGAACCACUGCGAUCAGGUUCGCAGCUACUUCGGGAAGCGCUCGAGCGAGAUGCCAGGCUGGUUGGAGGAGGAUGCGGCCAUCUGGAAGCAGUUGGAGGACGCCAGGGCCUAUGACGAAGAGCGUCGGCAGGCUGUGGACAGUUAUGCGCACAGUGUGGCAUUGGAGAAGGAUGGCAAGCCAGCGAGCGUGGUCCGAGCGACACCUGGAGAGGCCGUCGAGCUUCAUGCCAAGGGAUGGAUCCAGAACAAGGGGGGCGACACAAGCUCCCAACAGCUCCUCCUUGUUCUGGACAGAACCAUCAUCGCCGACAUCUACGACUCGAUUCCCGGAGCCGGGGAUACCAUUGACACCACCUUCUCCUUCCAAGCUCCAGAGGAACCCGGUGCGUACAUGAUCUGGAGGUUCCACGAGGUUGAGCAGAGCAUGGAAGAUGCAAAGAUCAAGUUCGCGGACAAGAGCGACUUUCUCGAUUCAGGCAGGUAUCCAUCUCUCUUCGUGGGAAUGCUCGUCGUAUCGAACUGCACCAGCAUGGACAUGUCAGAAAGCAAGACAGAGGCAGCAGAAAAGAGUUGUGCGGAAGCUACUCCUCCCUGGGCCAUAGAGUUGGGUCUUGAUGGAGAGCAUUGUGGCUGCGUUCGCAGCUACUUCGGGAAGCGCUCGAGCGAGAUGCCAGGCUGGUUGGAGGAGGAUGCGGCCAUCUGGAAGCAGUUGGAGGACGCCAGGGCCUAUGACGAAGAGCGUCGGCAGGCUGUGGACAGUUAUGCGCACAGUGUGGCAUUGGAGAAGGAUGGCAAGCCAGCGAGCGUGGUCCGAGCGACACCUGGAGAGGCCGUCGAGCUUCAUGCCAAGGGAUGGAUCCAGAACAAGGGGGGCGACACAAGCUCCCAACAGCUCCUCCUUGUUCUGGACAGAACCAUCAUCGCCGACAUCUACGACUCGAUUCCCGGAGCCGGGGAUACCAUUGACACCACCUUCUCCUUCCAAGCUCCAGAGGAACCCGGUGCGUACAUGAUCUGGAGGUUCCACCAGGUUGAGCAGAGUAUCGAGAGUGCAAAGAAAAGUUUUGCAUUGUGUGAGGCAGCGGACGAUAGUCAAUAUCCAAAAAGCUUUGCAGGCUGGCUCGUAGUAUGUGACGGCCUGAACUAG